CGACCGCGAUCAAUACCAGCAGCAUCACUUCAUACGGGUAGGCUGUCGAUAUCAAUUUGUAGCUGUACGCCGGCGGCGCCGUCGCUGCUCAGGAAAGAGAGGACAGACGUAUCAAUGGCCACUCCAUCCGGACGCGGAGGGACCUCUCUAGCUCCCACUCCAACACAUCCUCAUCACCUUUCCCGGGAACCCAGCCGAGAAGACGUGGAAAUGGCGGAGCAAUUGAGCCAACUAAACCGCGCGCAAGAGCCCCAUGCUCCUAGGCACGCUUCACCUCCAACUACCCAAUCUCCAGCUGAUGCUUCUGCUGCGGCCAUGGCUUCCCCUGGGAAAACUCCCGAGAUAUAUCAUUCCCUCGAGGACACGUUACGCCUGCGUGCCAGUGAGCAAACAGACCAUACUCUGCGCGAUACCACUCCAUCUUCACUUCCUCCCGCCAGUGUGAGUGGUAGCAACACCGGUGCGUAUGCUACCAUAAGUGGCCAAGUUUGCAGUAAUUGUGGGACGAAUCGAACGCCUUUGUGGCGCCGCUCGCCGGCCGGCGAGACGAUAUGCAAUGCCUGUGGCUUGUACCUGAAGGCGCGGGCUCAACCUCGCCCUACAAACCUUAAACGCAAUACACCUUCCCAACCGAUCGUCCCUAUCCAGAAAUCCUCAGCCCCAUCCCAAAAUCAAGAAGACAUUGCGUCACCUGCUGCUCCCGCUUCUGCGUCCCGUGUUCCAACAUAUGUCGCUGCCGACCAUGGCGCUGCCGGUACCUGUCCUGGGGGUGGAAGAUGUAACGGCAUGGGUGGCCAGCAAGGCUGCAGUGGCUGCCCAGCUUUCAACAACCGCGUCUCCAAGACAGCCCAGUUUGCUUUGGCCCAGGCUAACAGCGUGUCGGGUUCAUCUGACGCUCCGUCGACUGAACAAAGUUCCCAACCUGCGGUGACAAGUGUCAUCCAGGCGUGCCAGAAUUGCGGAACUACCGUGACACCGCUUUGGAGGAGAGAUGAAGCGGGUCACACAAUUUGCAAUGCAUGUGGUCUAUAUUACAAGCUGCAUGGAUCCCAUCGCCCUGUUGAGAUGAAAAAACAGGAAAUCAAGCGCCGAAAGCGCAUAGUACCAGCGGAUACUGCCAGCGGCAGUAGUACUGCAGCUCUCUCCAACCCUAGCUAUUCCCCUCAACCUCAUGCCGCUUCCACUCCAUAUGAGCACUCUGCAUCCCCAGAUCCUACACCUACCAUUGAGUCUAGCGAGAUAUAUCCGAUAUCUGCGAAGAUUCCGGUUCCUGUUGACUUCACCAACUACAACGGCCGCAGCAACGACAACGAGAAGCCAUCAGCAACCACGUACAUCGGCGUCCCCUCGCCUCGAAAACGCAGUCUAAGUGCCACGCUCGACCCAGAAGAGGUGGCUGCCUCAAACCCCGUCCCCCACCGCUCACACGCCAUCUCAUCGCUCCUUAACCCCACGACCAACACACACGAAGGUCGCAGUAGUAACAUCGACCCGGCUUUAUCAAACGCGCUGCCGUGGUCAGCAAGUCCUGCAGCCGCGCCGCCCCCUUCUUCUCCCUUACCGAUGUCCCAUGAAGAUCGCAUGAGAAAGAAGGAUCGGUUGCGUCGCGAAGCUGAAGCUAUGCGUGAAGAGCUUGCAAGAAGGGAACGGGAACUGCAGGAUAUGGAUGAAGACUAA